AUGCGAGCCUCACAUGAUCAAAGUAUGAUAUCAAAUCAAAGCACAAUUUCGGCGAAAAAGCCCCCCAGAGCAAACCUCAAAAUUAAACAAGCAGUCAAGAAAUAAGAAGUUAAGGAUAAGGAAAAUAGUGGGGCGACACAUAACUUUGAACAGAAAAAAUUGAAUACAAGCUAUAGUUGUAAAGCAAUACUUAAAAUGAACACAAAUAAGAAUCAAAUUAUUAAUGACACUGAGGGAGAUGAACAGAAUGAAGAUAUUACAGUUGAUUAAUCCUACAAUGAAUCUCCUAUGUCAAGCACCUAAAAGAAGCAUGCUCUUAAUCAAAUGAAACUAAGAACUUAAAUGAAUACUUUGAGAAGAUAUAAUAACUCAACUCUCUCUCACAAUAAUGUGAACAGAGUAAUAGAAUCCGAUGAUGAUAACUCACCAACUAUCUACUAGCCUAAGCAUGACGAUGAAAAUACUAUUAUAUCAGAUAAUAAUCCUCAUAUGUCAUCAUUUGACUCCUAACAAUCGUAGAUGCUUGGACCAGAUAACAGUAAAAGAGUCACCUAGGAAUGGGAGCGUAAAUUUGUUAACAUUAGUAUGCUGCUGAAAGAGAAAUCCAAACGCAGAAAGCUAUCAAAGCUCUAUUCUGAACAAACUAAUACGAAUGAAAUGCUAAGAGAUGAAAAUGACAACUUGUAAUCACAGUAAAGGGCGUUGAUUAGGCUACUUUAAGAAAAGGAUAAUAAGCUCAAAUAGGUUGGUAAUUUCAGCAGUGCCCCUAGACAACAGUCAGUGGAGAGAUUCAUUUAGAGAUUUAGUCGAGAAAUAGAUGAUGAGGAGGACAUUUCAGAGAGAAAUAUUGUCUUAAGAAGACUAGUUCUUAGGAAGUUUAAAGAUAUGCAAGAUUGGUUUCAUAGAUGGAGAAGAGAGAGCUUAAUACUGAUAGCAAUAGAUAAAAUUGAGGAAGAGAGAUAGGAGAUUGUAAAAAGAUUAGUUUCAAGAAGUUUUAAUUAUAUUGGUUAAAUAGCAUAGAGAUGCAGACAGAGAGUGGUAGGUGCAUCAUUCAGAAAGAUAAUAGACUACAAAGGCAAAAGAACAUAAGGGGAUUAUUAAAAAAUAAUGGCUUUAAACAGUAUGACAUUUGUCUUGGAUAAAAAUGUUUAAAGAAAUAAAAAUCAUGCUUGGAGAUAAAUAUGUUAAUAUAAGAGUAAAAAACAUGAUGAAUAAUAACUGUAGAUCUAGAAUCAAACCUUUAUCUAGGAUUAGUAAUUGAUGUAAUAAAAAGCAAGUUUUAAAUUAGUCAAGAUAUACAAGAAGUAACUAUUCAAGAAUAAAUAAAACAGCUUCAAUCUAUGGAAAGAUGAUUUACAAGGACUAAAAUAAAUGAGGAAGUUAAUUAUAAACAAAAAGAUGAAAACAAUCAAGCAAGCAUUACUAAAAUGGCAUAAAAUUUCAAUCAAGUAUACAGCUAAAUUAAAGUAAGAUGAGGCUUAAAAAUCUAUUAAGCGUAUCUCUGAUAUCUCAAAGCGUUAUAUAUCUCUAAAUACUCUUUUCAAUAUAAAACUGAGGCAAGUCAAUUAAACUAAAUCGAGAUACUUUAUUAUUUGGAAUCAGUCCCUUACUUAAAAUCAUUUAACAGACAUGCUUUAGCAAUCAAGAUAUGAGCAACAAACAAUAUCUAAGACUAUUCCUGCUGCUCAAAUAUUAACAACUAUCAUGAAUAAAAGCUCAGAGAGACUCAAUAAACGUUUAUUUCUUGAAAAGUUGAUGUCCAUUAAACUCAAGUCCAAAGAGAAGCAAGUAAAAAUUAGUAGUAUCAUACAGAGCUUGAGUGUUAUUUUCUAGGGCAAGAUGAAGCUGAAGUUAAAUGCUUACUUUUAAAGAUUUAAGACUAUAAAUAUGCAAAGGACUUUCGACCUUGAAAAGGCUAAGCAUUUCAAGAACUUUUAGUACUAAUUAUUCACCUUUAAGUAGUCAUUUGAGGAACUGCAAUAAGCUAAUGAUUCAUUGUCAUAGUAAAAUGAGCAGUUGACGUCUAUGAUUAGCAAGUAGCUUGAUGAAUAAUAUCAGGAGCAGAUAGAUAAAUUGAAAUCAGAUUUAAAAUCUAAAACAAACGAUUACAUAGAAUCUAGACGUGAAAUCGAUAUCUUGAAACUCAAUCUCUAAAAGCAGUAAAAUGAAAAUUACCAGCUUCAAGAGGACAUCAUAGAGUUUAAGGAAAGAUUUCCUCUACUCUAGAGAGAAAAAGAGGUUCUAGAUGACAAGAUAAAAUCAUUGAUGAAUUAAAGAAAGGAGUUUGAAGAUUUUCAGCUAGAAAAUAUGAAUUUGAAAUCAGAGUUAUAGAGUAAAAUGCAGCAGAUGGAGUAGAUGCAGUAGUAUAUAAAGCAACUGGAGUCAUCAAAUCAGAAAACAAAUAGUAAAUAAGAGUAGUUGAUGGCAGUUCUCAAGGAUGAGAAGUCUUAGCUGAUUGGCUAGUUAGAGUAGAGUGCUAAUGAUAUCCUUAUGCUUAGAAAAAAUUAUGACAUUCAAGUGAAUUAAAAUGUGAUGAAAAAUGAAGAGAUGAGGAUGAAAGAUGAAUACAUGCAUGGCAUGGAGGAAAAGAUGAGGAAUAUGGAGUAAUAGUAUAUCAACCUAUAGGAUUAGUUCAGGUAGAAAAUGAAUGUAGUGCAGCAAGAAUUUGAAAAACUUAUGGAGUCAAGGGGUAAAUAAGUGAACUAGGAUGAAAUGAACAGAAUGAAACAAUAAUACGACUAGAAGGUGCAAAAGCUUAUCCAAGAUAUGCAGGAUAAAGAGCAACAGCUAGACAAGAUGCGUUCACAAAACGCUGAAAUAACAAGGGAGUUAGUAGAGGUGACUAACGAGAGUGGUUCAGCUAAAAAUGAAGCUAGGAUUCUUAGAGAUAAACUAAAUAAGGCCAAGUUAGAUCUUCAGAGAUUAGAAGAAGCUCUUAAUCACAAGGAGCUUUAACUAAAUGAUAUCAAGAGUGAUUAACAGUCAGUGAUUAGCAAGACUAAGAAUGAUCAGUUGCGAUAAAUAGAUCAAAUGAGGGCAGAUAUACACAGACUGUAAAGAGAGAAGGAUAGUAUCGAGCAACAGCUUAAAGAGUAGCUGGUGCUUUACGACAACUAGUUGAAGUAUCACUCAGAGGAAAAAACUAAACUUCAUACUUAAAUCAACAACUACAGAGAUGAAAAUGAGAAUCUUAAGAAGCAGUAUUUCAAUUUGGAUAAGAAACUGCACUCAGAGCAGUCAAAGUAUGAAGAUGAUAUGGACAGACUAACUGGCGUCUAUCAGCAACUUCAAAAGAAGCACUCUGAGGCCAAGCAGCAAAUUAAGUAGUGUGAAAAGGACCUUGGUAGCUACCAGAUUAUACUAGAGAAGCUAGACGCCACUGUUAAAGAUCUGCAGCAUAAAUCUUAAAACGCUCAGUAGGAAAGAGACAGAGCUGUAGAUGAGAAUAGGCAAAUCAGAUAGCGAUACAGUAAAAUCAUUGGCACUGAGAAAUUCUUAUAGGAUUUCCCAAACUGA